AUGUUCUGGAUUAUCGAUUCCGUUCAAAACGGGACGGAUAUGACGCAGAUAACCUAUUUGGCGCCGUGCGCGACGCUUAGCGGUGUUGCCAGCAUAAAAUCUAUUUAUCUGAUCGUGUAUGGAGAGCACGUCGAAAGGCUGAUCGAAGAGCUGGCAACAUUAGAGAAGGCCUCGGUUAACAGCCGAGUUGGCAAUAAAGAGAAAAUUGAGAGGCAGGAGAGGAGUACUGCAAAUACUUUGGAAGUCAUCUACUCGAAGUCGACAUUAUUCAACUUUGUGUCGAGCUCGGUGAUUAUCUGCCUCACUGGAUUCAAUGUAACGGCCAUAAACAACGUGGCGUUCGCGGUUACUUUUCUAACGUUCCUCUUCAUGAGUCUCCUCCAAAUAUUCUUUUUGUGCCUCUUUGGUGACAUGAUAAUGAGGUCGAGUCUUGGGGUAAGCGACGCUGUUUACAACAGUCUGUGGUACGAAGCAGGCGAAAAAGUGGGGAGAGAUUUGCUUUUAGUUCAAAUCAGAGCCCAGAAACCCUGCAAGUUGACUGCCUUAGGCUUCGCCGACGUCAAUCUCAGAUCAUUCACCAAGAUAAUUAGUACGGCUUGGUCGUAUUUCGCGCUACUCAAUACGAUGUACAACUCGGAUCAAGAA